AUGGCAUGUUUAAAUAAGGAACUGUCGAAAGCACUGAAACUUUCGAACACGGAACUUCCAGAGCUUACAAAAGAAACUAUCCAAGCGACUAAACAUAUAUCAACAUUGAAGCAUACAAUAGUAGACUGUGAUAUAGCAAAGCUACAACUAUCUCAACUUGAAAAACUUGAAACAAUCCUCAGAAAGGUUAAAAAAUGCAACAAUGAUGAGCCUGCAACUUCGACAACACAACGUUCAACACCAUCACACAGUAACAAACCAACUGUAACUACGACAGUACCAACUAGUAGUACCACCCAAGAAUUGGCUUCCAGCAGCACAGAAAAACAAGCUGGUAGUACAACUGAAAAAUCAACCUCAAGCACUACAGAAGGGCCAGCAAGUAGCACUAGCCAAGAAUCUACGGUAAGCAGUACAGAAGGAUCACCAAGUAGCACAACCCAAGAAAUCACCUCACGCAGUACAGGAGGUCCGCCUAGUAGCACUACUCAAGAAUCCAGCUCAAGCAGCACAGGAGGUCCACCUAGUAGUACUGCUCAAGAAUCUACCUCAGGUACCACAGAAGGACCAGCUAUUAGUACUACUCAAGAAUCUAUCUCGGGCACCACAGAAGGACUAGCUAUUAGCACUACACAAGAAUCCAGCUCAAGUAGCACAGAAGGACCAGCAAGUAGCACUACCCAACAAUCUACCUCAGGCAGCACAGAAGGACCAGCUAGUAGCACUACCCAAGAAUCUACCUCAGGCAGCACAAAAGAACCAAAUGCUACCAGUACAAAGGAAUCAUCCUCAAGCAGUACGGAAGAACCAUCUAGUAGCACUAUUCAGGAAUCUACCUCAAGCAGUACAGAAGGACCAGCAAAUUGCACUACAAAAUCCAUAACAUCCAGCGAUUGUCCAUGCGCUCUCCCGCCUACUGCUGGACCUAGGCCUACUGAAUCACCGCGAAGUAUGUGGUACGCAUCUUUAUUGGUCUGCCUACAAAGUAACGGUUUGUAUGAAAUUGCAGUUGCGCAUGGGAGCUCUUUAGAGUUCAUCUUUGAAAAAUGUGUAUCUAGCGUUGUACAUUGA